CUAGCACUUCGUACAAACGACCUUUGGUUUGAAAUUAUCGCUAGAUUGUUUGGAUCUAUAUCGUUAGUUGGGCAGUAGCACUUAAUUGGAAGCCCAAUUGUCGGGAAAUUUAUGUGCAUCUCAUUGGGUGAUUAACUCCGACAGCAAUUUCAACCAACUGAUCGAGUCGUCCGUUAAUGGCCAGCCGUGGCUCGUUAUGUUCACCCAGGUUCCCAACUUUGGGGAAAAACCCCAACGUUUGGGGAAAUUUUGGGUUUUUUUUGCCAUUUCCACGAAAUUUUCUCAAAGUUUACUAUAGCGGCUUCCCCAAAAUGGGUCAAAUUUUCCCCGAAAUUGGGAGUUUAAGCACAUAAUCAUUUUGGGACUCGAACUCACCUUUACGCCCCCAGUCUGUAUCUUUAUCCUUUAGAUUAUGUGGUCUAGUGACUAAACAUUCUAAAUAUCCUCUGAAAGACCUAAUUAGGUUCAGUUGCAUCAUGAACCUCAAGGAAACUACCUGAAAAUUAAGGGUUCAGUAGUAAACGAAACUGUAGGCAAACCUCGUUACAAGUAGUCAGGUCUUAGAAUUCGCUACCGUCUGUGGUCCAAUCAAUUCUGUAGUCCCUCAUGAGUUUCAGACACUAAUUCAUACUAAUUUGCUAAUACUCUUAGUUUUGUCCCGGGGUUAGUGGUCUGUUGCUAGUAGACACGUGAACUCAUUAAGCGAGGGCUUUCACUCCACCCACAACCAUUAUGACCGUAUAUAUGCAUAUUUCAGUCAGUCAAACGCAACAUGAGUUUUCCUCAAAGCCUGGCACAUUUAUGCAUCGGUUCAACAUACUGUACCCAAUCAGCAUAUAUCCAUGUGUAUAAAGAUUUAUUACUGUGUUUGGAGUGAUUGGUAACACCUCACAUAAGAGCUGUGAUUGCUCGAGAGAUGGGGUUUGUUGGUAACUAUCAUAGCUCAAACUCCCAUCUGGGAAUUUUACUCCAGAUCUACAAUGAUUAGAGGAUUCUUCCCAAGGUUUGUACAGUAUCUUGGGAGGUUUUAAAGCCUGUGAAUUGUGAAAUUAUCGGUAAAAGUAGUACGUUAAAGCAUUUGUAUUUGGUUGAAGUUUGUCAGAUUUCAUUUUACCAAGAAUUAUCCAUAACUCAUGUCAAGUAAUCUGGGCAUAAAGUGGCCUGUUUAAAUGACUAAUACGGAGUAACAACUGUAUCUGGUGCUUCAUUUCCUAUAAAUAAUAAUGAUGGUUAUAUCAGAAUUGCGAUAUUGAACGGCUCUGUAAGUGGUCUUUAAACUUUAACACCGACAUCUAGGCAAUUGAAACUGUCAAAAUCAAAAGUCUCGCUAAAACGGUGAUAAGAAUCGCAUGCUUACAUUUACUUUACAUAGCCUAUAUGUUCAUCAAGGUGUUAUGGGUUUUUUAUAGUCCUGAAGCAGAAUAUUUAUGCUACUAUCGUUCGAGGAAGUAUUUGUUCACGACUAUAUUCUUUAGCGAGUCAUGGAUGAUUGUAAAAAAUUUCCGCGAUAUUUGUGCACGUAGACUACGAAUGUUCAAUGAAGUGACCUGACUCUGGCUUAGCGACAUAGUUUAUAGGAUGAAUAAGAACUAGGUCUAACAGUCAUAUCUUCAUUCGCCGUAUUGCAAAUUGGACCGAUGCAUAUGUGUGCCUGGUCCUAGCUGACUGACAUAUCUUCAUUAAUUAGAGUGAAUAACCUAUAGGGCUUUUUUCGUGAGCAGCGAUCACUCGGCCAUCUUGUACCACUACUCUUCAUCUAUCCAUCAACAUUACUUUAACUAUCGGAAAUCCGUUCAAAUCAAUAAAAUCUUUCCCUCAAGUUACAAAAUAAUUUAACCCAGCUGGAUCUUAGGUGUUGUGUGACAACCAUGACGAUAGAUUGGUGACGUUAGAUGAUGUGGUUCAGAAUCUGUUACAAUAUCACAGACGCAUUUAAUUCACAUCCUUUCAUAGAUCUUGGUUUUCAAUACUCCUUCAUAUACUUGUCUUGGAGCUUGAUUCUAUUAUCGUUGAUGCUGCUAAUAUUUUGAUGACCUCGCUACUCAUCCUAUUAAUUUUAUAUCGAUCUUUUGAUGCUCACUUGUUCCAAGCUGUGCGUUAGUGAUGACUGAUUGAAUAUCAACUAGCCAUGGGUUCGGGCAGUCAGAAACUCGCUAUUCCUCAUACGAAAAGGGUUACCUUAGUGAUUAUACGGACUCGUGAUAGGUUACUGAGCUGCACUACCACUAUUACUGUUGUUUCAUUCUUGAUCGCUAUACACUUUAGGUGAAUCCAAUAAAUUGCUUGCUAACUGGUUUCCCAGUUUUACUCAUGAUUUUAAAAUCGACGCGUUAUUUUGUCAGAUUAUCAAAUCUUUACUUUCCUAGCUUUGAAUUGUCUUGAACUAAACGUACUUGGCUUCUGCAAAUUGUAUUAUUGAUAAUUUAUUCGGAAAGUUAAACCAUGUCUAAUAAUGCUUGCAAAGGUAUUUUUAUUAAUUUUUGUCUUAAAUUUACGAAGGUGAUGUUCUCACAUUUUUUGAGAAAGAGAACAGACCUUUUAGUGUUGUUGAUGUGUGUAGUGCUUUGAAGAAUUAUGGGAAAACGGUAACUAUACGUGCUUAAAUUAGCGAUUCCGUAGGGUAUUUCUAGAGCUCUGGAUGAUCUUGUUGAAGAAGGUUCAAUUAAAGAGAAAGUUUAUGGAAAGCAAAAGGUUUAUGUUUAUGACCAGGUUAACAAAACGCACCGAAGUUUCUUAAUUCACUGCAGACUAAACUCCCUUCAUUCGAUGAAAAUGAGAUUAGAAAGAUGGAGGCUCAAUAUGCAAAUUUAUCGGUUGAAUUAACAGAAGAACAAAAGAAAUUGAAAAGCGUAAUCGAGGAACUUAAAAAGAUCACCUCUAGUCUUACAAAGGAAGAAGCAGAAAAAGAGCUUACUCAAGUAAAUGAGAAGCUAAACGAAAUCGAAGUGGAAGUGAAAGCACUCAAAGCUAAAGGACCAGGGAUUGCUGAAGCUGAUUUGAAGCUGGUCUCUGAAAAUCAUACGAAAAUGAUCAGCGAAUGGAGGAAGCGUAAGCGUAUCUUGGAGUUUUUCCUCCUGUCUAGUUUGAUUACCGUUAUGUGCUACGUUUUGGAACUUUUUAUCUUAAAUGAUUUGCCAACUUUAUAAACAUGGCUGCUAAUUUUUUUUCUUUAGUCAAUCAUACCUACUGUCUGUGUUUUCUUACAAUACAUACUGAAAUGUUAUUUCUAUACAGUUGUAAUUUUAUUUUGACAAUGAACUGGACACUAAUAUUAUCGUAAUUUCUGGAUGAACUAUAUAAUUUCUCUAUGAUUUAAUUUAUUAAACAUUGUUACUGAUUCUUGCUCAAUUAUCAGGCAAUGAAUAUUGUUGAUGCUGUGGCUGAAAGUUAUCCUUCCAGCAAGAAACAGUUAAUGUCUGAUAUAGGUAUAGAAACAGAUGAAGACCGUGGGAUUACAAUACCAACAUGAAAUGAGAAGUUGGUUAUCGGAAAGCCCAAGCCUAUUUGCAUUUGAUAUUUUCUUUAUACAUAUUUUUUAUUCCGUUUUCACUUCAUAUCGUUGUUUUUUUUCUAAGAUAAAAUUUUGGUCAAACAUCGCUUAGCAUUUUAAAUAUUUUUUUUCUUAUAAAGUUAAGAUUGUUUGAAGUCAGUAAAUGUAGUCGUAGGUUCGAAAACUACAUUACCAACUUCCGUUUUAAAAUCUCAGUCUCACUAGCCUUCACACAACACGGUGUGGCUCAAUGCAGAAUACAUUAAUAUGUACCUGAUGAAUAAUUUGCACUGGAUUGUCAUUGUUAGUAGUAACAUCAUUCAGUCACAGUCAAAGUAUGAACCAGCAUCAGCACAAAUUGUUACACCAUAUCAACACAUUGAGAUGAAAAUAACGGCAUGAAUAACGAGUCGAAACAGUAUUAGUAUCGAUGGUAGUGAGAAAAAUAAAAUUUAAAGGACACUGUUCGGAAUGUGAAUUAAGGUAUGAGAUUAUAUAUGACCUAAAUAUUUACAAAAAAAAAGAAAACAAGUUUAUCUGCGUUACUAACCGAUUUCGACCCAUACAAUCCAGUUUUCCAACCUUUAAUUGUAAUUUAUCCAAGCCU